CAGGUUCCUGACAUACUCAUACCUCCUGGUGUUCAAUGCUUGGCUCCUAUUGGCUCCCAUCACCCUGUGCUAUGAUUGGCAGAUGGGCAGCAUCCCUCUGGUGGAGUCCCUAUUGGAUACCCGUAACCUAGCAACCAUUGUGUUUGUUGUCACCAUGGUCAGCCUUACUGCCUACUGCCUGUUUCUUGCAGAGGACGAAGCCGGGCUUGUUGCUGUUCUGGGGCUGCUGUUGUUGGUCCUCCCUUUCCUCCCAGCCUCGAAUGUCUUCAUCAGGGUGGGCUUCGUGGUGGCCGAGAGAAUACUCUACAUUCCAAGCAUGGGUUACUUCAUUCUGCUGGUACAUGGGAUCCACAACCUGUGCUGUGCCUUAGGUAAACCUGCCUCCAGCCUGAUGACUGGCUGUGCUGUACUGCUCAUCCUGCUGUGGGGAUGGAAAACUGUCCACAGGAACCCCAUCUGGUGGACUAGGGAGUCUUUAUUCAGGUCUGGUGUGGAAACUCUGCCCCACAAUGCCAAGGUGCAUUACAACUAUGGGAACUACCUGAAGGAUCUGGGCAGGCAUGAGGAGGCCAUCUUCCACUACCAGAGAACAUUGGAACUAUAUCCUCGCCAUGCCAGUGCCAACAACAACCUGGGUACCCUGAUGACCAACGACUCCCAGCUACAGGAGCUGUACUACCGCCGCGCCAUGAACAUCACUCCUCAACACGCCAAGGCACACUUCAACCUCGCCAACCUCAUCAGUAAACAAGGGAAGACAUCAGAAGCGGAGACCUUGUUCAGACGAGCCAUUGUCAUCCAGCCAGACUACAUAGAUGCUCGUGUCAACCUCGCCUCGCUACUCUCCGACUUAGAACGGAACCAGGAGGCCCUGGCCAUCUAUCAGGAGUCACUGGAUCUGGACAGGGAAAACCCAGAUGUUCUAAAUAACUAUGGAGCUUUCUUAGCCAAACUAGGUCAAACUACUGAGGCCCUGUCUCAUUACGACCAGGCCCUGACCUUUGACCCCACUCACACCGUUGCCAUGGUGAAUAAAGCCCGGCUCCUGCGCUCGCUGGACAGGACUCGGGAGGCAGAGGGCUUGUUCCUCAGGGCUAUAUCCUUAAAGAAGGAGGCUGGUACUCUUGAGCUGCUGGCAGCGAUGUACUACAACACUGGCCGAAUCAUGGACGCCAAGAAUGUGUAUGAAGAGGUUCUCUCUCUAGAUCCAGAUAGACACGAAACUGUUACUCACUAUGCCCAUGUAGUAGGAAGGUUGGGAGACCAUGUGAAGGCGGAGUCCCUGCUGCUGGGUGUACUGGACAGGAGACCGGACAUGUUUGAUGCUCAUCGCCAUCUGGCCAGCCUGUAUGGCAUGAUGGGAGCCAGUCAGAAGGCUCUACAGAGUGCAUUACAAGCGCUGGAACUUCUACCACCCAACUAUGAGGCUAAACAGACUGCAGAGCUACAUUAUGAGCUGGGCAACCAUCACAAGGACCUGAACCACAUCUCCCAGGCCCUGGAGAGUUACAGGACAGCAGUCAGCCUGUACCCUAACCUGGCAUCUGCUCACAUGAACCUGGGAGCACUACUACAUAUCAAGGAAGAUAUCCAGGAGGCCCGUCUACAUUACCAGGCAGCCUUAAAACUGGAUCCAACCAACCAGGUUCUCAUGGACAACAUCCGCAAACUGGACAGGAAGGAGCAGCAGAUGCGCCAGGAGGGAAACAGAUAGCGGAUGGCAUCAUCAGCUCAGCAGAUGGCAUCAUCAGCCCAGCAGAUGGUGUCAUCAGCCCAGCAGAUGGCGUCAUCAGCCCAGCAGAUGGCGUCAUCAGCCCAGCAGAUGGUACCAUCAGCCCAGCAGAUGACGUCAUCAGCCCAGCAGAUGGUGCCAGGACCACAGGAAUAGUGCUACCAAUGGUGCAUGUACCAAGAACAAUGCUGCAAUUCUUCUUCAUAUCCCUGUUUAUUGUAAUAUGGACUUUUUGAUAUGCUGCAAUGUCUCCUGAAAGUCUUUGAUGGUGAUGAUCAAGUCAGGAUAAAAUCACACAAUUGCUUUAAAAAAAGUCAUUCUAAAAAGUAGCAAUAUAUUGUUAUCAUAUAUUGAGGCAACACUGUGAUGUGAUAAUUUUUUGCUGGACAUUCAUAAUAUGUAAGAAUUUCAACCGAAACAUGAAACAUGUGAAGUGGUUGAAUGUGGAGGCUGCCUGAGGAUGAUGUUGCCUGACGGCAGGGAGUUUUAUUGUUUGAUUGUUCAUGUACUUGAUGUUAUGAAGCUGUGAAACAGUAACUAUAAAGAGCUGCUAGAAUUUGUUAGAUGUUUGUGGCUGUUGUUGCACACUUGUGAAGACACAAGAAAAAAGUUACUCCAUCAACUGGAUAGAUUUUAAAAACUGCCAUAUUUCAAGUAGGAUCUACUACUUUUUUUAACCUCCUUGAAGCUGAUAAUUGGAGAGACCAGUCAGCCACAAAAAGAAAGGUACACUAGAAAGGCCGACAUUUGCUUGGAAGCAAAUACAGCAUAUUUCAGUCCAUCUCCCUCCCACGCAAAAGUGGACUAUUCCAAAAAAAGAAAGGUACAAAAGAUUUUUGCAGACUUAACAACAACAUCUGAAUUCCUCAGCAAUUUUCCACUACCUAGAACACAGCCAGGGACACUCUGUCAAUCUCAAAUCCACAGACAUCCCAGAACACCAGCCACACUGGUUCAACCAAGGAGUUAGGCAAUAUGUGAAAGAAUGUACCUCAGUAGGAAAGCACAACUAGAGCUAGCUGACUCAUUACCAUCAACCUUGUCUUAACUUUGUCUUAUUUUUUGUUUCCUAUGGACUGUCUAAAUUUGUAUUCACUUCAUUUAAAAAAAUUAUGAAAAUCAGUUACUGGCAAAAAGUAGUAAAUGCUACUUGACAUAUCUGACAGUUUUCAAAAUCUAUCCAGUAGCUGUUUUGUUAAUAUGUAUCUCAUUACCUGGAUGUCUAACCUUUAGCGACCUAACUUGUGAAGACAAGUUCGCGAAAUGUUUUUGCUUCAUUGUUGAUAUCUCUGAUACAUGAUCUGUACAAGAAUUUUUCCUCAUAGACUUACCCUUAUCAAGCAAUCGCAUGGAAUGUUUUAGUCCAGAAAUUAAUUCAUUCCUGAAUCUUAUUGUUCUGUUAUUAGCAAUGACAGUUUAAAGUUUGGUACACUUUUCAAUACUCAAGUAUUGUGGUGAGUUUUGAGAGAAAGAUUUUUUGUCAUAUGUUGGUAAAUGAUGGCAAUCGUAUUGAAGAGAUUGAGUUUUUUUAGUAUACCUACAUGUAUACAGUCCAGCUUUAUUUAAUAAAAUAAUAGUAUCUUUGAUUCUUAUCAUGUACAAUUUGUACCAAUCCUAUUUUAUCUGUAUAUAUUAAGAUAUAGCAGGUUUGGCUGUAUGAUUUGUAUUAUUAAAUCAUGUAUUACACAGAUUUAGAAUAUUUUAUUUCUACUUAAGCUUUUAGAUUUUUAUUUGUGUGUGUAAUAUUUGUUGUCUGCAUAUCAAUGCACUGUAAGUGCUUCAAUUGUGGUCUUGCCAUGUACUGCCCUGGUCACAUUUAUCAUACAACAUGCCUACGUACAAUAUGACUUUUCUCUGAACUGACAGCAGCAUCUAUGGUACAAAUGUACAUUCAGGCAUGCAUACAAUAGCAUUGGGCCACACCAAUUUAAUUUCUUGGUUAACGGAUUCGC